CUGCAUGCUUGACAUGAGUCAAGACAUCCAUCCUCGUCCCCCUCGUGUCGUCGUUCAAUAAAAUACUCAUUAUUCUGCACUGUACACGAAUGCAAAGAGACAAAAUCUAUGCAAGAGAUAGACAGAUAGACAGAGAGAGUGUGAGUGUGUGUGUGUGUGUGUGUUAAUUCAGAGAGAGAAAGCUCGGAGCUGUAUUUAUGUCAGAAGCACAGCCCAAAAAAAGCUUCAGCUUCUUCCAUUGACAAGAACUGAGAAAAACUCUGUGUUAAAGAGUUUUUUGCAGUUUUUGCUUACUGGGUUUUCCCAUGAAUCCAAACAAAAUUGAAGAGAACGUGGUUUGCCCAAUGGGUCCACCGCCGCCCCACCAUGAACAGUUCUUGGACCCUCAAUCUCAGCCGUCCAUUGACGAUGACGCUUUCUCACUCACCGGAAUCGACUUCUUUCGGGAUGAUGACGAUGACGACAUCAGCCACGCGUCAUCCGAUGCUGAAUUCUCCCUUAACGGUGCCCCGUCUCGAAACCCUAAUUUUCCGGAUUUUGCUGUAAUUAGUGGCGUCAGGAGCAAUAAGAGGGCAAUUGAUUAUCCACGGCUGCAUAUUAGCGCUGAACCUUACAUAUCGUCUCAAUUCUACACUUUCAAUAAGGAAUCCCAUGCCUUGAUGAUCCAAUGCUUGAUUGAAGGCCGGGUUGCUAAGCCGGACGAGAUCCGGGCUGUGACUCCUGAUGACCUGCUCGCUAGCUGGCGAUCGGUGUGGAAAGACCGGAACCAGGAUACCGCCUACUUGACUGCGUGGAAGCGUAUCCAGGACAAGCUCACCGUCCAUGUCGCUGACCCGGCCUCGGCUGUCGCCAUUACUGGUAAUAGCCGCUUUCUUUGCUUCAAGAAUAAUUUGAAUCAAUUUGUUUCCCAUGUCGAUCAAUGGCAGGAUAUAGUCAUGUCAUUUCAUGGCGUUGAGGAUUUAAGACACUUAGGGCUUAGAGAAACCAUAGAGAAAAUCAAACAGGUCUGGACUGUGGGUGCUAAAUUUUAUGGGAUUCCUGAGACUUAUAUUAGGACUUGCGUUGCAGCCUGCCUAUUGUGCGCAAAUGACAUAUCUGGGUGUGCGCCGCGAUCGAAGAGGAGGAAGUUUGAAUAUACUGAGUCUUUUGAUCUUCCCGCUAAGGCAGUACCUUUUAUGUUGCAACAGUUGGCUGUGAAGCAUAAGGUGGUUUUGUGCAUACGACAGAAGUAUAUAAGGCACAAGCCAUUUAUGGCUGAGGUUAAGGAUUACGCGUGUCAUAGAGCUGGCGAGCCUGCAUCCUUGAAGAAAUCGCGGAUUAUGAAAAGGGAGCCCUAUGUUUCCAAGCGAUGUGGGUGUGGUUUUCGGAUACGAGCAAUAGUUCCUAUAUCCAAUUACAAUGAGAGGGAUAAGACAUUUGUCUACGAGGAUGAGGGGACAGCUGUGUUUAAGCUGUGUGCGGUGCAUUCAGGGCACGUGCCUGGGCCUUUGGAUGGAAAUGCAAGGAUUAUGCAUCGAAUGGUAGGGCAUAAAGGUAGUGUUUUGAUGGAUAAUGAGACUAUGUAUGGGGUGGUAGAAGAAGGGGAAAGCGACGAUUUUGGGUUCUUGGGAAAUGAUCCCAGGGAUCUACAGCAUUUGGCUUUGCAACAUGUACAGGAACUGAGGAAAGAGUUAGGGUUGCUUGAAGGGCAAAUUAGGAGAACCCCACCCAAGUUGUUGAGGUCUUUGGUUCAUGAACUCUCAGACAUGGUGGGUAAGCUUAGAAAUGCAGCAGAUGAUGGCUCAAAAUCUGUUGGGUUGCCAUCAGAGAAGCAACAUCUAGGUGAUGUCUUGGUGGUAGAGCAUGAUUUGCCAGAUUGGGGUGAUGUUUAUCAACUGAGCAUCUAUGGGGAUGGCAAUGAUGUAAAUGUUUUUGAAGAUGACGGGGAAAGCUUUGGGAGGACUCUUGGGGAGGUUACUUCUUGGGAUCAGAUGGCACAGUAUAAGAACAAGAAGAAUGUGCUUGUUGAAGCUUGCAAAGAAGAGAAGUGGUUGAAAUGUGGUGCAUAUGAUGAGAAGGGUAUUGUUGGCUGCAGUGAUUAUAAGCUGAACAAACUCUUAAGUCACGAGAUGAUAGAUCCAGAUUUAGGUCUUGGUAGUAUACAGGUGGAUGACUUCUAUGCUGAAAAUCCAAAGUGGUUUGAUUCUCCUUGUGAACUGAAUCCUAGCGCAGAUCGUGGUGAUGGUGGAUUCCAGCCUGGGGGGAUUGCAUAGAUAUUAUUAAUCUCGUUGAACCCAUUCUAACUUAAUUCCGAGUUUUUCCUGUGCCAUUCAUCCUUCUUUUAUUGUUGGAAGUGGGAUGUAUAUUUGUGUGCUUAUCGCCCCACAUUCAGAAAAAUCAAGGUGCAAAUAACAAAGCAUAUUAUAUCAAAAGGCAUGAUGGAUGCGUACAGCUCUGGAAGUCACUGAUCUUACAUAAACUGUACUUUCAGAAUAAUUAUAGAAAUAUAUUUUUGACGUGUCCUUGGCAACUCGGAUGUCUCUCUUCAGAAAUCCUGUUUCUAGCAGCCCCUAACAUGAUCAAAGGCAGAUCUGCUCUCAGCUCCUAGAAAUAUGUGUCCCCCCAAAUUCCCAUUUUUUAAAGGGUCAUUUGUCCAGAUAGAUCAUGGCACAUGCAUUGUCAUAUACAGUGCAUGUAUACCAUAUAUACAGAGAUUCGGGACAGUAGGAAUUGGUCAUCACAUAAAGUAAAGAACAUUCAAAACCAGUAUAUAUCAGCACAUAUAAUUCUAUUUGUCUUUCCUGACACCAAUUAUUUAAUGGAAAAUUAUAAAUUUUCUGAUUUCAUUUUCUGGCUUUUUUAUAUGUAGUAAACUAUAAAUUGUCUAAUAUCAUUUUCUUGCAUUUUCUUAUGUAGUAAAUGAAUGAACUACACAUCAUCUUGGUCUUGCUUAGAAGUGAGUUACAUGAGCUCUUGGAAGGGUGAAUUGUGUUUUCACUUGCCAAUGUGGCUGCAAAUUUGCAGCUAUUUAGGUUCGAAAAAAUAAUACCUAUUAGAGCUGCUGAAUGAGUUCUGUGUUGUUGAGAACUGUGGGAAGAACCUGCUCACAAUUCUGAGGGCCACCAUGAACAAGUCCAGAAUGUUGUCUGUUGAAACUGAAAAGAUUCGUCAUGAUGUUAAGAUGAGAUUUUGGUGAGUAUCUGUAUUUGACCAGUUAGUGGCCUUUAACACAAUAGUUACAUUUUCUUCCCAUGCAGCAAUACAAGUUCAAUGUAGGUUCAGAUAAUUUUGGAUGUCGACUUGUCCUUAGUGACGCACUAUCUUGUAAUUAUGAACUGUCUGUUUUCCGCUCUUAAAAGUUUGGCACAGCUUGAAAGAGGUUUCUCCAAAGUACUUCUUUGCAGUAAGAUAAUGGAUGUCUGCAUCAUUGCCUUAAUUCAAUGAAAUCCUGGGUCGUGGCUCUCCGGGAAGGUAGACCUCUGCCUUAGAAUAUACUUUAUCUUAAAAUCUGGUGUGCCCUUUCUUUGGAGGAAUAUGGUAGUCUGGUAGAUAACACUGCAGCAUGCUCUAAAACUGACUUCUACUGGUUGAUUUACUUAUUAUAGAAAUCUAUCUGCCUUUUCAACUUCUUUUCCUGGAAUUUUCAGUUGCCUAAUGCUAUGUAGCACUGCUGGUGCUUAGCCCCCGUCUGCCACCUAGAUUGGUGCUACAUAGAAUUAAUCAUUCUUAAUAGGUUGCCCCAGGUAUCACAAAGUUGGACCAUGGAGCCUGCAGAGGUCAGCUUUGGAUAUGUUUGAGGCUGCAGAAGUAGCUGCAGUUUUGAUAUAUUUUGUUGUUAUUCUCUUAAAAAUCUUGUUUGAUUUUGAUGGAAUUCCGGUAACCUCUUUCUAUCCUUCCUGUGUUUUUGAAGAUUUCUUGGCAUCAUUUUGGGGUUCGUCUUGAUUACUGUACUUGUUUGCAAUUGUCCAGAGUCAUGCUAAAUAUCUGAUCAAAUGCUGGUUUAUCAUAUGAUGGUAUGCACUCGUGUUCUAUUUAUGGACUGUUUUCUGUUGGUAAUGUCUGGUUGAUACGAUUUUUUUCUCUUUGUUUGAUGAACUAUGUGGAAAGCACUCCCACCUUUGCUUGCACCUGUGCUGCUGCUCUAACUUGAUUCAGAAUGGGACUAGUUUGAAAUGAGUUAAACAUUGACUUUGUACAUUGGAACUUCUGAAAAUGAUUAGGCAUCAUUUGGUACUAUGGAAGUGGCUUUAUUGUAGGGGUGGUCAAAUUAUUAUUUCGGAGUAAUUGAUAAGGAUAUCUAUGGACCUUUUUGGUAUGCAGUACUAGGGCAUAUUGGACUUUAAAAUGUACUCAAUUUUAACUCCUGUUUUUAUUUAAUAAUGUUAAAGUGCUAUCUAAUUCACAUUACCAAACAACCUUCAGUUUUUCACCAUGUCUAGAUGUAGCUAGACAUACAUGCUCGGAGUAACUCUGAACAGGCUUUUUGUGGAGUGACUGGUUAAUUUCCCUUGUGGUAGCUUGAUUAUGCCACAAGUGGAAGACUGCAAAGCAUUUCAGUUUGAAUUGUUCAGUGCUGGAUUAUUUUUAUUUACCCUUAUUUAAGCACAUUCUUAACUUGUCUUCAAGAGUGCAGAAAGGGUGUCAAAGGGAUGUUGUCUUCAUUAAGAUUGGACUUGCUGUUUCCGCACCGGUCGAGACACUUCAAUUGCACUAGCCUGCGUGUUCUCCCCAUGGAUCAACACCUAACUUUUUAUCUGCUAAGCUUUUCAUCGACACAAAAUGUGCCUUUUCAAAUUUUUGGUUGUAGGGUAUGUAGCAUCAAAUUAACAUAUGAGAGUGGAGUGGAGUUGUUUACGGGCCUUAAAAGUAAUUCUUGCCAUAUUGUCAAAUAAGUAGCUUAUUUCCAAUUUUCACCAAUUAAAAAAAUUAUUUCUUUAAUUAUAAAUUUACUUGCAAGUGAACCUUAAGCUUAUACAAAUAUGCGUAUUGACUGACUCACAUUUGAAAUGUGAUUUUGAAGAUUUCUUGCUAUCAUUUUGGGGUUUGCAUUGAGAAGUGCCCUUGUUUGCAGUUGAUCUACAGUCAUACUGAAUAAGCAAAUGCUUGUGUUCUCCUAAUCAUGAACUAUUUUCUGUUACUAAUGUUCUGAUCGACAUGAUUUUUGCUCGUUUGUAAGUUGUGAAAAGUAUUUGCAUUUUUGCUUUCAAUUGCUCCAGCUCUAACUCAAUGACAUGAUGAGACAGUGGCGGAGGGAGGUGGGAGUCAGUGCUGAAACUUGAGAAAAAAAUUACAACUUUUUUACUGUUUCACUUAUUUUUUAAUAUUACUAUUUUUUGUGUUCGAAAUUUUUUUCCGUAGUUAAACUAAGCCUCCAGUGAAUAGAUUUGUCCUGCUGCCAUUAUCAUGAGAUUAGUUUAAGAUGAGGUAACAGACUCGUACAUUGGAAACGUAGAUUGGCAUUGUUGCAUUCCGAUUUUGAAGUAAUUCAGAUGGAUGUCAUGUUGGUUUUUAGCUAGACUUGCAUACUUUGAAUGACUCCCAACACGAUUGUUGUUAUCGGGGCCGAGUAACCUUGUGUUGGUUUUGAUUUUGCCACAGGAGGAAGAGAAACCUGAAUAUUUCAUAGAAUACUUUUCUUGAAUAAUUACAUGUUCGAUUAUUUUAUUUCACCAGGUUAAAGCAAAGCACAUUUCCUAGCUUGUCUUGACGAGUACAGAAAUAAGAGGCAAAGGGAUGUCAGCAGCAUGGUUCCUUGGAUCGGAUCGAGGCCAUGUUUUUUCCUUGGAUCGGAUCAACCUUUCAUUUGCAAAGCUUUUCAUUGACACAAAAUGUGUCUCUUCAAAUUUCAAGCUUGCUGCAGGUACAAUUGCUUUGACAGCAACUAUGACAGCUCUCUCACGUUAGGGAGUGGGGUUUGCAAGUAAAAUAAUCAUGGGCCCCACGUUUUGUGAGAGGGCUGUAAGUGUUUGGUGCUGUACACUUGGCCUUUUUCUUCAAGUUUUUGGUUGUAGGGUGUGUAGCAUCAUUGCGUAAGAACAGCUGGUUUUGCAGGAGCUGGCUUGUUUGUGGGACCCCAAGCUUUUUAUCUUCUUUUUCAUGUGAAAUUCACGAAGAAUGGCUCCUACAAACUUUGAUGAAAUAUGAUAUUCUUCUAGGACAGACUUUUUAUUUGC